CACUCACAGCCUUUGCAGUGUCUCUCCAGAAUGGCUUCUCUUUUUUCACCCAUAUUCUCAGCCUCAAACUCACCUAAACCUUCACAUUCACCUGAAAGAACAUUCCAUCAGAGUAAUCGCAAAGACUUUACUCGCACUUUGACUCCCAGAAGAGAAAUCUUGAAAGGACUUGCAAUAUUUCCACUUACUGCAUCUACACUAUUCAAACAACCUUCUUCUGUAGAAGCCAAAGAGGUUGAAGUGGGCUCCUAUCUCCCGCCAUCUUCAUAUGAUCCUUCUUUCGUUCUUUUUAAAGCCUCUCCUAAAGACACCCCCGCUCUUCGGGCUGGAAAUGUGCAGCCCUAUGAGUUCAUUCUCCCACCGACUUGGAAACAGUCGCGUGUCGCCAAUAUAUUGUCAGGGAAUUAUUGUCAACCAAAGUGUGCGGAGCCUUGGGUUGAAGUGAAGUUUGAAGAUGAAAAGCAGGGAAAAGUCCAAGUAGUGGCUUCUCCUUUGAUACGCCUUACCAACAAACCAAAUGCAACAAUUGAAGAAAUUGGGAGCCCUGAGAAAUUGAUUGCUUCUCUUGGCCCUUUUGUCACUGGAAACUCAUAUGAUCCUGAUGAGCUCUUAGAAACAUCUGUGGAAAAAGUUGGAGACCAGACGUACUACAAAUAUGUCCUUGAGACACCAUUUGCUCUGACAGGGUCGCACAAUCUUGCGAAGGCGACAGCGAAAGGGAACACUGUUGUAUUGUUUGUUGCAAGUGCAAAUGAUAAACAGUGGCAGGCAUCUCAGAAGGUUUUGAAAGCCAUGCUCGAUUCUUUCCAAGUAUAGUUUCUUUUCAAGCUAAAGAAAUAUUAUAUUCAAUUUUUUAUAUUUGAUUUUUACAUGUAUUAAUGAUCUGUUUACUAUAGAACUUUGAUCAGACUAAUAAUGUAUCACACGCAACAAAACUCUGUUUCCAACUGAGAGAACACAUAGUUUUAUCCACUGAACAUGGAUGAGUUUAGAAGUUGUACAAAUACAACCAAAAAAAAAAAAAAAAAAAUUUGCAGUCCACAACCUUUGUGGUGACAAUUGUUAGUAUUUCAGGAUAGCAAUAUACAAAACAAUAAAAAUGAUGAAAAAUAAUAAAUCCAAAUACAGAAAUUUAAUAAAAACAAAACUUUCCUUCAUUAUAAACUAAAAAUAAUGCAAGAAUAAUUC